AAUUGUUAUUUUUUUUUUAAAGUAUGGAAAAACAAUUCCUAGUUCAGUUCAAGUGAAUGUGAGAGUAGUCAUGCCGUGUGUGGUGCUUACAUUCGUGUUAAAUCAAAAUCUGAAUUGAUUGGUAAUGUUCAGCUGCCAUAUUCUUCAUAUAGUAAACCAUGGCUGAAGCCAACCAAGAGUCAUACGGAGAAAAUACUGACAUACAUGAGUCUGGCAAAGAUGGACAUCAUCCAGGGGAAACUAUGGAAGUAGAAACGGGAACUAUAAAUGAAGAUCAAGACUCGUAUGAAUCUAUUGAGAGAUCAAACAAUCAGCUACUAGAUAGCGAACUGGUAGAUGCUAAAAAUGAAGACAUUGAGGUGAAGACAAUUUAUGAAGUAUCAGUGGGACAACAAACUGAUCCACCUGAGGAUCUGGAAACUGUAAUUCCAAAUGAACACGGGGAAGAUACAAGUGAAGGUUUAACCAAAGAAGAAGGACUGAGCCAGGCUGAUGAUGAGGAAGAAGACAAUGCUGCUGUUGUACCUUUUGAGGAUGUGGACACAACAACUACAUGUGGAAAGGCUGAGGACAAUCUACAGCAGAAUGGGAAUGAAUUAACAAUAGAGCAUCCUGAGCAGAAGGCCUCUGUGACUUCUGAUCAAGAACAAACUUUACAGUUACAACCUGAAGUUGAAAUACAGUCAGAGGACGAAAAGCCAUCUGAAAAUGAUUUACAGGGAAAUGCUACCGAGAUCCCUUCUGUCAAUAAGGAAGCUGAUCAAGUAGAUGACUCUUUAGUAUACACUGCCACCCCUAGGACAGUAUUUGAAGAUACAAAUGCAACUUUCACAGACAAACCACUUAACUUGUCAUGGUCAUAUGGUAUGAACAACACCAUCCCAGUGUACAAUCUGCAUGCGGAAGAUCAGCAAGUAAUCGUGUAUGUUUGUGCUCACACAGCUGUGAUCCAUGACUUCCAACAGAACCGCCAGCGCCAUUUACAGGGCCAUUGUAGCUGCAUUUCUUGUAUGUGUAUGAGUGAGGAUAAAAGAUGGAUUGCUACAGCUGACCAAGGACCAGACAGCCUCAUAAUUGUAUGGGAUUCAUUUUCUGGGAUCCCUGUGCACACCAUAUUUGACAGCCAUCCAGAAGGCGGUGUAAUUAAUAUUGCUAUGUCUCAGAAUGCUAAGUAUUUGGCAACUAUUGGAGGUGAAACAAAUCAGAAAGUCUGCAUUUGGGAUUGGACAACCGGUGAGCAAAAGCCAGUCUGCAGUGUGGCUCUGGAUCCUCAGUUUGGUCUACAGAAAUACAUUCUGUUUAAUCCUCAAGACCACACGCAGUUAAUAACCAACAGUGAAACUCAAGUGGUGUUUUAUGCAUGGGUGAAUGCCAGUUUGGAUUACGUUGCACCGGCUUUGGACGACAAAACAUUUAAUAAAAUCGUGGGUGAGUUUAGCCAAUCAGUUUUUGACUUUAGCGCAAAAAGAGCUAUGACAGGAACCUUUGCAGGAAAUCUUGUUGUCUGGGAGACCACCUGCCCUGCAUCUACAAAGGGAAAGCUUUCCAUACAACCACACAACAAGAAAGCAUUAAAGCUAAUGCACUUGCAGAAAGAUGGCAUUACUGUGCUCACUGUUCAUGACAGAUAUUUUGUAACGGGUGAUGUGAGGGGUCAUGUAAAAUUCUAUGAUCAAAGACUGCAGCUUGUAAACUGGUACAGCCAUUUUAACCUGGACUCAAUCCGUUCAAUCUCGUUCUCAACUUGUCCUCCAACAUUAGCUAGUGAUAAGACAAAAUACCCUCAAGACUGUUCCAUAAGAGGUGAUCAGUUUGCUAUCAGCAAUUUCAUAGUAUCCACAUCAAAUGCUGUAGUGCUACAAGUGUAUGCAGAUGGUACAAGGCUAAAAAAAUGUUUACAGGAUUCCAGUGAAGCUGUCCACGCCCUGGCCUGUCAUCCUUGCAAGACUCAAAUUGCUAUUGGAAAUUAUAAUGGAGUCCUCAAAAUCUGGGACUACAAGAACCAAAGUCAUGUAAUCAGUAGAAUUUUUGGGAACGGAAAACGUUUACAGUGUAUUUCAUUUGAUCCUAAAGGCUUCUUGUUGGCAGCUGGUUUUACUGACGGUAGCAUCCAAAUCUUAGACACCAUUACCCUGGCAGAUGAAAUUGCUGAACCUUUCAAGUACGCCAGUGUAUCUAUAACUCACAUACAUUUCUCUCCUGAUUCUCAGUAUCUUGUGACAGCUGAUGAAGAUUUCACAGUAACACUGUUUAAACUGGUAACCCAAACUGGUGGAGCAACUUGGCAAUACUUUGGAAGAUACCGGAGUCAUUACAAGCCAAUACAGAGUUUAAUAUUUGGUGUUAAACUAGAUAGUGAUGAACCUAGACUUUUGUCACUUGGCACAGAUAGGAUAUUGGUUGAAUAUGAUCUUGUCAACAGCAGUAAAGACCAUCUUUCUAUAGCCAGCAGUGACCGUACUGAGCAGAGUGCAGUCCCACAGUGUUUAGCUUGGUACCCGCCAAUUACUAAAGAGUGUUUUCUUCUUGUAGCGAAUGAUCAGUACAAGAUGAAGCUUUACAAUGCAACAACAAAAAUGUGCAGAAAGACACUAUUGGGCCCGGCAUUUGGUUCUCCUGUUAGAAAAAUGGAAGUUCUUUCUUUGAUUACAAGUGACACUAAUAAGGCGUAUUUAGCCUACAUUACAGAUGAUAAGGUUGGACUUCAGAUUUUACCAGUUGAUGGAAACCCACAUAAGUCUACUGCCCUCAUAUGCCAUCCAGAUGGGGUGUCCAAUCUUGCCUGCUCACAUGAUGGUCAAUAUCUGUUUACCGCUGGAGGGAAGGAUUGUGCGGUAAUGAUGUGGAAAACAAACCUCCAAUCACUGGAGGCCGUUGCUUCCCUUGGGGGAGAUGGUCUGACCCCAUUCUAUGGUCUACUGCAAGGAGGGCAAGAUGGGACUUUAUUUAAAGAGCUGGAAGAUUACUUCUAUUAUGCACAGCUACGUAGCCAGGGGAUUGAUACAAUGGAGGCUAGAAAUGUGUCCACACAUAUCCCCUUGAAGGAAAUUCCUUUUAUCAUGAGAGCGCUGGGAUUCUACCCAUCGGAGCAAGAGGUGGAAAAUAUGCUAAAUGAAGUCAAAUUUAGUGAGUAUGUCGAUACAGGAAAGCAAGUCACAGAGAUCAAUUUAGGGGACUUCAUAAAACUUUACAUUAAUCACAGACCAGCAUUUGGAAUUAACAUGAAAGAAGUAGAAUAUGCAUUUCAAGUGCUUGGAUUUAGUAAUGAGAAAAAAGAACCAAUAGUCAGCAGAGGGGCCUUACUACAGCUGCUUCAAACAAAAGGUGAGCACAUGACCGAGGAAGAGCUUGCUGAGUACCUGAGCACCUUAUUGGGACUGAAUCCAGAAGGAGGAAGCUCGGAGCUAAGUAAUCACAGCGUAAUAGGUGCAGCAGAAUUGUUUGAACAAGAAAUCCCAGAAGAAAUCACAACACAUAUGUUUACCGCUGAAAUUCUUGGCUUACCUAUUCAUACAGUAGAGUCUUAUGAAGAACACCCUGCAACUGAUCUGGUUUUAUCUUAG